AUGACGUGCUCACUGGUGUUCUCUGAACAGCCUUCUGGUACCUUUUCUUGGGGCUCCUUAGAUGAGGAUGAAUUGGAUGACUCGUUGCUGGAACUAUCUGAUGGAGAGGAAGAUGAUGGCCAUUUCAGUUGCACGGAGGAAGAGAUUCAGGAGCUAUUGAAGGAUGAUGACCUACCAAAUGAACCCUUUUCUAGGGGAGACAGAUUGCUUAAAGAUAACAUUGGGCAUGUUGAGAAGGUAGAGAAGGAGGGUCAAAAUCUGCUUCAUGCUCCCCAAGAGAAAAAUUCAUUGUAUAGUUUGGAACCAAUAGCUGAGACCUCUGGCCUCUUCAAACUACCUCAGCCAGAUACAUCAGUUAGUCAUGGACCAAAUCCUACUAAACCAUUAAACAGAAGCUUUGCACUAGAAAAGAAUGUCAUAAAAAUAACUGUUGUUGCACCAUUUGAUCCAACAGUUUGUGAUCCUGUGCUUGAUAACGACAAAAUUGACUCACCCAGAGAUAACAAAAAACCUUCCUCCCUUGGGGAAGAAUUGAGAGAAGAUGGUUUUAGCUCAGAUGAGAACAUGAUUUGCACUGAAUCUGAAAGAAUCAAUCCUGCUAACUCUGCCUGGGAUGGGCCCACAUUCUCUUCUCCUUCAAAUAAUAACUUUGAAGAAACUGCCUCUGCUAGAAAUACAUCUGACAGUAAGGAGACUACACCUCUAUUCUCUCAGGUCUUGGACCAUUCAGAGAAUCCUAAUGCAGAGUCAUCCUGGACAAACGGUGGAUUGCAUAAAUCAAAUAGUGAAAUGAAAUUUCCUGUUGUUUCCAGCAAAGAGGAUGUUCCUAACAAGGAUUCUGGGAAGAUCGAAGUCCAAGAAAGAAGACUAGGAAAAGUCAUUCCUUUUCUGCAAAACAAAUCAAGGACUAACGUUCCAACGUUUUCACAGUCCGAGCUAGAGCAACAGAAGCAAAUUUAUCUCAGGAAUGUUAUUGCUCAUAUAGAAGACCCUGUGGAGUCUAACCAAGGUGCCUUGGGGGAGCUGUAUGCCUUGAUGGACCAAGUACAUCAUGUGCAGAACUCAUGGCAGCAUCCUUCAGACCUCACCAGGCGGAACUACGCACGGUUCCGACAUACAUCUCUGCGGCCAAGAUACAGUCUGACUCAGUGGGUUGACAGAAACAUGGGAAGUCACCAUCGGUUCCAGCAUCUCCCACGUUAA